AUGGCUUCUGAACAACCUGAGGCCGGUUCUCUUGCGGACCGCAUCACCAAGCCGGAGGAACCUGCCCCUGCUGAAGCUCCCGAACAGACCGAAGACAUCCCUCAGACCGAUGGUGCUGCCGCCCAGCAGGGUGGCUCCGAUCUCCAUGAGCCUGACUACACCGUUGAAGUCAAGCUCAGCGAUCUCCAGGCCGACCCGAAUAACCCCCUUUUCUCCGUAAAGAACUUUGAAGAUCUCGGCCUGGACCCCCGUAUCCUCCAGGGAUUGUCGGCAAUGAACUUCCGGAAACCCUCCAAGAUCCAAGAGAGAGCCCUCCCGCUGCUACUUGGCAACCCCGCCAAGAAUCUGGUCGGUCAGUCUCAGUCCGGUACUGGAAAGACUGCGGCCUUCGUCCUGAACAUCCUCAGUCGAUUGGACCUCUCGUCGGAGCAGUUGCAAAAGACCCCCCAGGCGUUGAUCCUGGCCCCCACACGAGAGCUGGCUCGUCAGAUUGUUGGUGUCAUUCAAGUUAUGGGCCAGUUCCUUGAUGGGCUCGUUAUUGGUACCGCUGUGCCGGCAGAUACCGGCGCACGCCCGGCCAAGAUGGAGUGCUCCGUCGUUGUGGGUACUCCUGGUACUGUUAUGGACAUGAUUAAGAGGCGCAUCAUGAUUGCGAACAAGCUCCGCGUGCUUGUUCUCGACGAAGCCGACAACAUGCUGGACCAGCAAGGUCUGGGUGACCAGUGUAUCCGUGUGAAGGCUUUGUUGCCUAGGGAUAUCCAGGUCGUCCUCUUUUCCGCUACCUUCCCUGCUCACGUCCACGAAUAUGCGUCCAAGUUCGCUCCUCAGGCCAACGAGAUUACCCUCCAGCACGAGGAGUUGACCGUCGAGGGUAUCAAGCAGCUGUACCUGGACUGCUCGAAUGACGAGGACAAGUACCAGACCCUUGUCAAUCUCUACGGUCUGCUCACCGUCGGCUCGUCCAUCAUCUUCGUUAAGACCCGUGCUUCGGCCCAGGAGAUCGAAAAGCGCAUGGUUGCCGAGGGUCACACCGUGGCAUCUCUUACCGGUGGCAUUGAGGGUUCGCAGCGUGAUGCAGUCAUUGACCAAUUCCGUGCCGGACACGCGAAGGUCUUGAUUACGACCAACGUGCUUGCCCGAGGUAUUGAUGUCUCGACUGUGUCCAUGGUUAUCAACUACGAUAUCCCUGAGAUCCACCAACCCGGCGCCCGUCAACGACAGGCCGACUUCCAGACCUACCUGCACCGUAUUGGCCGUACGGGACGUUUCGGCCGCGUGGGUGUAUCCAUCUCCUUUGUGUCCAACCGGGAAGAGUGGGAGAUGCUCAACCAGAUUCAGAGAUACUUCAACACCAACAUCCAGCGGAUUGACACCAAGGACUGGGACGAGGUGGAGGAGAUUAUCAAGAAGACGAUCAAGAGCUCGCGUGCUCAGCUCGGCUUCCGGUAG